AUGUUCGCCGCUUCUACCUUUGCCGCUCUUAUUGCUGUUGCCGCACCUUUGCUCGUGCGUGCAGAUGUGACGCCUAGCGAGCCCGGCCCUGGUGAUGUCUUCAACAUUGGUUCCCCUUGCAUCAUCAAGUGGACUGGCGACGCCGAUUCUACCACUGCAUGGAAGAACAUGAACAUUGAGCUUAUGACUGGAAGUGAUCUUGGACAAAUUCAUAUCACCACUGUUGCUCAGAAUCAAGAUGGAACUGAAGAUGGCACCUUCUCAUAUACUUGCCCUGAAGUUACUCCAACUUCAGCUAUCUACUUCUACCAAUUCACUUCCCCUGACACCUCAUCAGUGACAUGGACAACCCGCUUCACUAUUGCAUCUUCCACAGGUCAAACCACCCCUCCCCCUAAUGCCACUCAACCCGGCACGGACAAGGCCAUUCCUUGGGGUAUUGGUGCUCUUGUUGACCCUUCAAAGGCUGUCCCACCUCCUACCCGCGGAACUUCUAACCCAGGAAGCACCAAUUCUACAACCACUGGCACCACCGGCACGACUGGCACUACUGGUACAACUGGAAAUACCCCUGCUUCCUCCUCAUCCAGCCCAGCCGUCAAGAGCCCCCCUAACGAUCAAUCAUUGGCCGCGUCUGCUACCACCGAUCCUUCUGGCUCUUCAGCAUCUCCUAAGCCCACAAGCGCUGCCUCAACCAUUGGCUUUGACAACCGGGUAUGGCUAAGCGUUGGUGCCUUCGUUUUUGCUACCCUUGUCUGGCCACGGGGUACCCAGAAGUCCGGCUUGGCUGGUUGGUGUUACGAAAGUGGACGAAGUCAGACAUUCAUAUUCGGAAUCCCACAUAUUAUGAUCGCUAAAUUUCACUCUGCACCUGGACACUCAAUGGAAACUACACUCAGAUUCAACCUACCACCCAAACAAGAAAUUCGGAUGAUCAAGGAGAAGGAGAGAGCUCGUGAGGGUGCUCAGACCGACAAGGAGGCGAAGGCUGAGGAGAGAAGGGAGAAAAGGCAACGCAAAAAAGAAGAGCAGGAACGGGCGAAACUUCACGAAGCGGACUUGGAGAGACAGGGGGAGAAUGACCACAGGGAGAGCCAUGUGAAAGAACACGCAAGUUCCAGGGCAUACACUGAGCGGUCUGGUUCAUACAAGGACAAAUUUCAGAGGAUGCGAGAGCGAUACGACAAGGUCACCGCUGCGCACGAGGCUUGUCAGAGAGACCUUGAGCUUUUGAACGCCAAAAUCAAGAAGCUUCAGUCUGAAAACGAUCUCCUCCUUGAUGCCAUGUUGGCCUCAGAAACGGACCUGUACGAGAGAUACUUCGAAAGAUCUGCAUCAGGCUCGCCUGAACCAAACUCAACCCAUCCAACUCAAGUGCCUCGAAACCAACCGCAGGCCCCAACGCCGCGCUCGACACAUUACAGGGAACCCCCGCCACCAUUUCCAGGUACCCCCGCGUCCACAGCAGGGUCAAUGGCGCCGCCAUUUUCCACUCCAACAGGAGGAGGGUCAGGAUCAGGGGGGUUGCGACCAAUGCCACCCCCACCGCCAUUUUCCCCGAGUCAUCCUUCGGCCAACAGUAAUGGGGCGACAAAUUUAAGCAAUGGAGUAAACACCAUGCCCCCACCUGGCAUGACUAGUAUCAACGGGAUGGUCGAUGCCCCCCGCCCUGGGUGGUCUCUGCACGCUUCACCGUUUAUGUCAGGCACCCCGAGAUCUAGGAGAAGGAGCUCUGGAGCUGACCGUAAUAAUGUUCCUCUGGCGCCGGAAGAGGUUACAAGUAAUGGCGACGCACCGCGACCUGAUCUUCGUACGCCAGUUCCUGUUGCGUUGGAUACUCAGCAAGAAGGGAGUGGGUCUGCAAGGCCUCCUAGGAUAAAUGGCAAUAGCAGUCCAGCAGUCAAUGGAAAUGGCGCAAAUAUAAGAACACAUGUUACAAUUUCCCGUGAAACGACCCCUGUUCGUGACCCGAUACACCAAGAGCAGGAUGCCAGUGCUGGAGAAGGUCAAAUUAUGGAACUGGACGUUGAUGAUGAUGUGGGUCCCGCUUCGCCUGGUCCAGAAGCUGGCGCCGGAGUUCAUUCUCCUAUCGAUGAUGAAGAGUCAGAUGAGGACAAUCAAGUUAUGGAUGUUGAUGAUGAACCAAGAUCGCCUAGUGACCUGUCGCGUCGAGGGGCGGCUUUUGGCAGUUUGAUGCGCGGAGGAAGAGCUUGA